AUGGCUGCUGUGAUAGGUGUUAGGUUAUUAGAAACUGUUAAAGAAGUAACAGACUUUACAGAGCUUAAAACGUACUACUGGAGUGAUUCGAUGGUUGUCUUAACCUGGAUUAAAACAAAGGGUCUUUGGAAUACUUUUGUAGGAAACCGGGUAAAAGAGAUUAAAAAAUAUUCUGUAGUAGAUCAGUGGCCCCACGUGCCAGGUGAUAUGAAUAUUGCAGACGUUUUAUCACGAGGAUGUAGCGGGAAACAACUUUUGGAAAAACAAUGGUGGAAGGGCCCUCAAUGGCUCAAAGAACCAGAAAAUAUGUGGCCAAAAGGAGAAAUCAUGUUGGUGGAACCGGGCGUUAGGAAAGAAUACCUUGCGGAACUAGUAAAUUAUGGUCAAAGAAGAGAAGAUUUUGUGAAGGUUGGUGAUGUAGUAAUGGUUGGUUCCGACAACGCCAAAAGAAUAAACUGGCCAAUGGGCAAAAUCAUUGAAUUAUAUUCUGGGCAAGAUGGCAUCCAAAGGGUCGCAAAAGUAAAGACAAAAAAUGGUGUAUUGGUUCGUCCAUGUCUACGACUAUAUAGAGUUAAACUACCUAUCAAUGAUAUUCAAGAAAAUUUAAGAGAAGACAAAGAAGAAUCAACAGAACAAGAUAAGUCAGAAAAGGUUAAAAAGUCAAGGUAUGGAAGAACAUUGAAGACUCCACAUAGAUUCACUGCCACCUGA